ACCACUUCGUGAGGACGGAGCCUCGGGAACGUCACGGGCCGCCGCUCGCGCACGAGUCCUCAUUUGCACGGAAUUAAAGUGUUUUAACCACAUAAUUACCUGUUAAAUGCAUAAAAAUGAAUCGUUCGACGUGUUUGAGACGUUUGUGUUCUCAUUCUAGAUUAUAAUCCGGCGUCACAGACUCGCUCUUGACUGGUUUUAGUUCAAAUGUGAAAUCCUGUCAGGCGAAGGUUCGAGAGAUCAAAUGGAGUUAUUGUGUCUCGAGACUGUUGAACUGGACUGCGGGUCUCAGCUGAAGUCCAGAACGGUUCGGGCGUUCAGAGACGCGGUUCUGACCCAAGACUCGCGUGUCCAGCAGAACCUCUUGAGCUCUGAGAGACCGAACAUCUCAUCCAGACCCGAACCCGGGAGCGUCACCGAGAACACCGACGUGCAGCCGUACAUGCGCCGAAUAUUAACGGGCUGGAUGCUGCAGUUGUCUGUUAUUUGUGAACAGGUGUGUGAGGAUCAGAAGUGUGAGGAGGAGGUGUUUCCUCUGGCCGUUCAUUAUCUGGACCGCUACAUGUCCCAGCAUCCCGUACAGAAGAGCAGACUGCAGCUGCUGGGAACCGUCUGCAUGUUUCUGGCCUCCAAACUCCGGGAAUCGGUUCCUCUGAGCGCCUCCAAGCUCUCCGUCUACACAGACCACGGCGUCACCAUCCCUGAGAUACUGCAGUGGGAGGUUCUGGUGGUGUCUCGACUGAACUGGGAUCUGGCCUCAGUGCUGCCCUCUGACUUCCUGGAAGUGUUACUGCAGGGUCUUCCGCUGCAGAACCCGACGCUCGUACGGCGGCACGUGCACUCUUACAUCGCGCUGACCGCCACUGAGCUGAAGUUCUCAAUCUUUACUCCGUCUGCCGUGGCUUGCUCAUGUGUGACAGCCGCUGUUAUCAGACUCAACGUCCUGACCGAGACGCUCACCGCUGAUGCUCUCCUUCAGGUCCUGAGGAACCUCUUAAACGUGGAUGAGACGUCUCUCUGCGAGUGUUACUCAGCGCUGGAGGACACCAUCGAGCUGACGCUGGGCCGGACGUCACCUGACCUCACCUGCACACCUGACGAUGUUCAGGAUGUCAUGCGGUGACAGGUGGAGAUCUGACCCUAACCCAUUCCAGCACUUUCCUGCUCAGUGGUUUGUUUGUGGAGUUGUUAAUGUUCACAUGUAACGUCAGUUCCUUCUUAUGUUUUUAAUAUCGCAGAUGUCUCGCACUAGAUCAAAUGUUUGCGUUGCCUUCAGACCUUUGUCCUGUUAAACACGCUGCUGUAAAUGUUAGCGUUUACACCACUGACCGUCUGUGACACAAUCUUAAUUCACGUGUUUCUGCUAGAGAGCUUUAAUUUAAAGAAUGUGAAAAUAAAAUGAACAGAAUGAGA